GGGAGCGGCGUGCAUCGUUCACUGUGUGAAAGGCUCCACUGACUUCUUAAGCUCUCCUUAUAAACACCUCAGGCUGCAGGUUCUGCGUACGCUACAAGUUCGCGUCUACAUAAUGGCACCGGCACUCUGUGAUAAUUGUCACAAAAAACCGAAGUUUAGCACCUUCCAGUAUUGCGGUAAGACGUGUGCCGCUGAAGCAACCGCGAAAAACACUGGCGCUGGCCGUGGUGGAAAAGCAAAGGGGGCCCCAACCCCUGGCAAACCAAAUAAUCUUUGCAUCCAAUGCGGGAAAAAACCAAAGUUUGGCACACAUAACUAUUGCGGGAAACGAUGUGCUACUUUGGGUGCUGCAAACGCCGGGCCUCAACCAGCUCGUCAAGGACGCCAAGUAGCUCCUGCCAAACCCAAAGCGCCAGCGGUCCGGACCCCUGCUGUUCCCGCCCCCACCAAAGCCAAUCUGUUUGCUAGUCUCAAGGGUAAGAAGGCGGUCGAGGAGGGGUCAGAAUCAGACUUUUCCAGUGAUUACGGCGACUCAGAUAGUGCAAUUGACCCUGAUGACUAUCCUUCCUCUGAUGACCCAUCCACUCCUGCAACGCCAUCGGGCCGUGGAGCUACAACGAAGAAAAUACCUCCCAAACCAGCUACCAAGCGCAAUGCACCUGGAACAUGUGUCAUUCCUGGCUGUGGAAAGCCAUCUUUCGUAGACAACAGUGGCGCAACAUCUGAUUAUUGCUCGAUUAAGCAUCGGGAGGAGGCUGUGACGUCGGGCGUUGUACUGGCGUGUAUCAUGUGUAAACGUUUCCCUCAGAGCGAUGCGAACCAUUUUUGCAGCAAGGCGUGCAGGGACCAGGCAUUAGUCAAGCCUUGAGGGCUUGCUAUCCUUGUUAAAUAGAUAUACGAUGUGUCGAGUAUUUCUUUUGUAUUCAGUAAUUGAGGCAUGAU